AUGGUGUUUUCAAUCUUGUGUUGUUUGGCAGCUGCCUUUUCUGUGUCUUUUGCUCAUCCAGGACUACUGACAUAUGGAGUUGCCGAAUAUCAACCAGUUCAACUUAGUUCUCAAUAUCAUUCUCAAGACACCUUAGGACAAUAUUCGUAUGGAUACCAUACACCAGAAUCAUCAAAAACAGAACAACGUUCUUUAGAUGGUGUUACACGUGGUGCUUACUCUUACGUUGAUGCCGAAGGAAAAUUGCAAAGUGUCCAUUACACGGCUGAACCAGUGCACGGAUUUCAGGUAGUUGGCUCAAAUUUACCAGAAAGUCCAGAACCGGUGAAAGAUACUCCAGAGGUGGCUCAAGCUAAAGCUGAUCACUUGAAGGCUGUUGAAGAAGCAAAAUUGCGCAAUUCUUUGGCUUCAGUACAGACUUCAUCCACUCAAUAUGUUGCUCCAGUACGAACUUUGGCUUACAACGCUCCAUAUGUAGUACCUCAUCAUAGAUUUGCUUAUUCUACUUUUUCUGCAACUCCGUACACAUAUUCUCCAUUGGCAUAUACUUAUUCAGGAAAUUAUUUGCAUGAUACACCCGAAGUUGCAAGAGCUAAAGCUGAGCAUUUUGCUGCACAUGCUGAAGCUCAACACAGUUCUCUCAUUGUCACCAUUUCUGCUGUGUCUGGACGCCCUGGAUUUCUCAGCGGAACACCGUACUCAGUUCCUUACGUUAGUCCUUAUGUUGCUGCACCGUAUAUUGCAGGAGGACAAGUAAGCACUCAAUAUCAUUCACAAGAUGAUUUCGGCCAAUACUCCUAUGGAUACAACAACGGAUUCGACUCAAAGACCGAACACAAAACUUUGGACGGAGUAACCAGAGGAUCCUACUCAUAUGUCGAUGCUGAAGGAAAAUUACAAAGCGUUCACUACACCGCUGAUCCCGUUUUUGGAUACCGUGUUGCAGCCACCAAUUUGCCCGAAGACAAAGGAGUAGCACCAACACCAGUUGAAGACACUCCCGAAGUGGCACAAGCUAAGGCUGAGCACUUGGCAGCCGUCGAACAAGCCAAGAAAGGAAUCGUUGCCCCUGCUGCUGAUCUGCCCACUCCUGUAGAAGACACUCCCGAAGUCGCCCAAGCUAAGGCUGAACACUUGAAGGCUGUAGAAGAAGCUAAAGUGCGCAACGCUCUUGCUCCAGUCGAGACACCUGUUGCUAAAUAUGUGACCCCUUAUACUGUCCCCUCUUUCAAAGUCCCCAUUGCAACUCCUUAUGUUCCUAUCGCCUCCCCGUUAGCCAGCACUAUUUCCAGCUCUUAUAACCCAUUCACCUAUUCUCCUUACUACUACUCCCCAUUGAGCUAUUCUGGUUACUUGGGUAACCAUUUCAACUAUGCCACAUAUCCUUACACAUACAAAUUUCCAGAAAUCAAAUCCGACGUAGUCACUAAAGUUGGAUUCCCAUAUGCCUAA